AUGGAAAACAGGAUUUUCAUGCUGCUUCUUUAUGCAACAAUGGCAGCCACUCUGUUCAUACAUUGCGAUGCAAGAAAAUCUAUGGGACUAGUCAAAGAUCCAAAACAUGCAAGGAGUUCAGUCAUAAAGCACACAAAGAAAUUGCAACUAAUGAGUAAGCUUAUGAGUUUAGUGAUUGAACAACCUACUGAUUCAUCUAAUACUCAACCUUAUGGUGUGAGCUCACCAUUUUCUUUGCCACCAUUUGAGUCUCUCCCCCCUGUAAAUUCUCCUCCUUAUUGUGUUAACCCCCCUGCAACCCCUGCUACAAUCAUUCCAACUCCCAUUGGAACCAUACCCUCCCCACCAUCACCCUUUUACAACGUCCCUCCUGUUCUUCCAGGCCAAAGCCCACCACCAAGCUCAGGUGGAACUGUUCCAAGCCCAUCCGUAUUCCCUGUCAGCCCGAAUCCACCACAAAUUGUUCCAAGCCCACCUGGUGGUGUUCCAGGACCACCACGAGCAAUACCAACACCAACAAUUUAUAUUCCAAGCCCAUCAGGGCCCUUGUUAAGCCCACCUUUUUAUGAGCCCAUCCCACCAGCCGUUGUCGUGAGCCCACCAUUCUAUGUUCCACCUCCCUUUGGGUUUAAUCCAAUACCACCAGUGUUUCUACCACCAAUUGUGUACCCUCCCCCCACGGUUCCACCACCUCCCUUUGUGGCUCCAAGCACAGCCUUAUGGUGCGUGGCUAAGCCAUCAGUGCCUGACCCAAUUAUUCAAGAAGCUAUGAACUAUGCAUGUGGGUCUGGAGCAGAUUGCGAUUCAAUUCUGCCCAGUGGCUCAUGCUUUCACCCUGACACCUUGUUUGCACAUGCUUCUUAUGCUUUUAAUAGUUACUGGCAAAAAACCAAGGUUGCUGGUGGCACAUGUGAGUUUGGAGGCACAGCCAUACUCGUCACAGUUGACCCAAGUGAGUUUCCCAAUUGAAUUUUCCUUUUAAAGUACGAAACCUGCAAUAAAAAACCAUCCCACUCCU